AUGGACCUCGCGCCCGCGGACCGCCCCCCGACGGAGGGGUUCAAGCGAUUCUACACGGACCGCUCGCUGGGGUAUUUUUACCUCGACAACCCGCUCCGGCGCGCGUGCAUUCACGUGCAAGAGAGCCCGUACUUCGACAACUUCAUCCUGCUCGCCAUCUUGCUCAACGCGCUGUUGCUCACGGGCGGCAACGAGCUCGUCGAGCUCACCGAGCCGAUAUUCACCGCGGUGUUCACGAUCGAGUGCGCCAUCAAGAUCAUGGCGCAGUCGUUCCUGUUGGACGACACGUCGUACCUCAAGGACGGGUGGAACGUCCUUGAUUUCACCGUGGUGGUCAUCUCGCUUCUGUCGCUCGUGGUGAGCGGCGGGAAUCUCAGCGCGUUGCGCGUCGUGCGCGUGCUGCGGCCGCUGCGCACGCUGAGCAUCCUGAAGGGCAUGCGCGUCCUCAUCGGGACGAUAUUUAAGUCGAUUCCGAUGAUCGCGAACGUGUUGCUGUUUUGCGUGUUUCUGUUCACCGUGUUUGGGAUCUUCGGCUUACAGAUGUUCAUGGGAGUGAUGCGGAAUCGGUGCUUCGAAGUCGUGCCCGGGACGACGUGCGGCGACCACGAGGGCGACGUCGCCGCCGCGGUGCUGCAGUCCGCGAACGACGAGGAAGGGUGCACGAACCUGACGAUCCACUGGGCGGGAACGCGGUGCGCGAAUGGGAGCCAGAUGUGUCUGAAAGGGAACAACCCGAACUACGGGAUAACCUCGUUCGACGACAUCGGGCACGCGUUUCUGCUCAUCUUUCAGUGCAUCACGUUGGAAGGGUGGACGCCGAUCAUGUACCUCGUGCAGCAGUCCCUGACCGGGUGGACGUUUAUUUAUUUCCUCCUGCUCGUGUUCAUCGGCGCGUUUUUCCUCCUAAACUUGGCGCUCGCGGUCAUGACGGAGGUGUACGACGAGGAGAACACGCGCGCGAAGCUCGAGGCGGAGCAGCAGGCGGAGGAGGAGGACGAGAAGGAGGCGAUCGCGGAGCGCAAGGAGGCGGAGGCGAGGGCGAAACGCCACGAUAAGGGGAUUUAUACGGACGACGAGGAGGACUCGGACGACGAGAAUUUGAGACGGCUGCAGGAGUCCAUCAUAGGCGGCGGCGGCGGCGUGAACGUCAGGGCGUUCUGCAAAGCGAUCAUCAACGCGUCGUGGUUCGGCCCGUUGUUCGUGGUGUUGAUCAUCGCCAACACGAUCGUGCUCGCGAUGGCGUACGACGGCAUGAGCGACAGCUACGAGAAGGGGCUGGACACCGCGAAUUUGGUCUUCACGAUCAUGUUCAUCCUAGAGCUCGUCUUGAAAGUCGUCGGCAUGGGCGUCGAGGAGUACGGCAAGGACCCGUUCAACAAGUUCGACGCCGCGAUCGUUUUGAUGUCGAUCAUCGAGCUCGCGUUCAGCAGCGGCGGCGGGCUGACGGCGCUGAGGGCGUUUCGCAUCAUGCGCGUGUUGAAGCUCAUACGAAGCUGGACGAGUCUUCAGGCGUUUCUCUACAGCGUGUGGCUCACGAUCUGCGAGCUCGGAAACUUUGGGUUCAUCAUCCUCCUGACGAUCUUCAUAUUCACCCUGCUCGGGAUGCAAACGUUCGGGGGUAAGAUGUGCGGCCUCGACGACGGCGCCAUCCCGCGGCAUAACUUCGACACCCUCCUCUGGGCGGCGGUGACCGUGUUUCAGAUUCUCACCGGAGAGGAUUGGAACGCGGUCAUGUACGACGGCAUGGAAGCCUCCGGCGGCGUCACCGCGCUGUAUUUCGUCGCGUUGAUCGUGAUGGGGAACUUCCUCGUGUUGAACUUGUUCGUCGCCAUCUUGCUCACGAACUUUGGGCAGCAGCAGAUGCGCGUGGCGAUGGAGGAGGCGGACCGACUCGCGAGGAUCGAAGAGGAACGCAAGCGCUCGAUCGUGGAGAUAAAGUCCGCGAGACAGGGAAGGCUCAUGUCCGCGUUCGCGCUCGGGGAAGCGGCGACGGACGUCGCGUCGUGCAAGCGCAUGCCCGGCGCGGCGCCGAAGCCGCUCGAUAAGUACGAGAACAAGUCGUUGAACCUUUUCGACGCGACGAACCCGGCGCGGCGGUUUUGCUUCGCCGUCGUCGACGACAAGCAGUUCGACUACCUGAUCAUGGUCUUCAUCUUGAUCUCUUCCCUCACGAUGGCGUUCGAGUCCCCGAAGGCGCUGAAGGACGACCGCGCGGCGACCGCGUUCGAGGCGAUCGACAUCACGUUCACGAUCAUAUUCGGCAUGGAGAUGGUGGCGAAGAUCAUCGCGUUCGGUUUGUACCAAGACGACGACGGCGCGUAUCUGAGAGACCCGUGGAACUGCAUGGACUGCUUCAUCGUCGUCAUCGGCAUCGUGGGCAAGUGCCUUCAAGGGCAAAACAUCUCGUGGGUCCGGGCGCUGAGGACGCUCAGGGCGCUGCGUCCGCUGCGGACGAUCGGACGAAUCCCAGAGCUCAAAGUCGUCGUCAACGCGUUGUUCAAGUCCAUGCCCGGGUUGUUCAACGUCGCCGUCAUCGCGCUCUUAUUCUGGCUCAUCUUCGGCAUCCUCGGCAUGACGCUCUUCAUGGGCGCGUUCGCGAGUUGCAGCGACGCGGACGUCACGAACAGACCCGAGUGCGUCGACGGAGUUUGGUCCUCGCCGUCGGACACGGGGAACUUUAACCACAUCGGGAACGCGAUGCAGACGUUGUUCGAGAUGAGCACCACGGAGGGGUGGACGACGGUGAUGUACAACGGCGUCGACGCGCGGUCGGACGAGAUGGCGCCGGAGCGAAACUAUAACCCGGCGGCGACGUUGUAUUUCGUGUCGUUCAUGGUCGUGGCGAAUUUUUUCAUCCUGAACUUGUUCGUCGGCAUCAUUCUCGAUAACUUCGCGAAGCUCGCGAGCGCGAGCGCGGACGGCGGAAGCGGUCUCAUGACGAAAGCGCAGCAGCAGUGGGUCCGGAGCCAGCAAAAGUAUCAGCGCACCGCGGCGCCGGUGCAGCUGAACUACUACCCGGAGUCGAAAGAGCGCACGGCGGUGUACAAAGUCAUCGAGUCGAAAAAUUUCGAGUGGUUCAUAAUGUCCGCGAUCAUGGCGAACGCGGUCACGAUGGCCGCUGAGUCGUACGGUCAAGCGGAUUCGACGACGCGCGUGCUCGAAGGGUUCGGGUACUUCUUCUUCUGCAUCUUCCUCCUCGAGGCGAUCGCGAAGCUGUACGCGAUGUACCCCAAGGCGUAUUUCAACGACCGGUGGAACUGCUUCGAUUUUUUCUGCGUGUGCACGACGAUCAUCGGAUACAUCAUCGGCGGCGGCGGGAUCGCGUCGAUGUUCCGACUGUUCCGCCUCGCGCGCGUGUUCCGGUUGAUUCGCACGCUGAAAGGACUCAGGAUGUUGUUCAACACGCUCGUGAUGAGCUUCCCGAGUCUCAUAAACAUCGGCGGAUUGCUGUUCCUGUUGAUGUUCGUGUACGGGGUGUUGGGGAUGAACAUAUUCGGGAAGGUGAAGUUUGGCGAGCACCUCAACGAGCAAGCGAACUUCAGAGACUUUGGGAUGUCGCUGAUGCUGUUACUCCGAACUGUCACCGGCGAAGCGUGGAACGCGAUCAUGUACGACUGCAUGAACACGAGCGAUUGCGACUCGAACGUCGACUGCGAGAUCGGCGAGUGCUGCGGCAGCGAAGGCGCGCCUCUGUACUUCAUAACCUUCGUCGUCUUCGGGUCGUUUAUCACGCUGAACCUCCUCAUCGCGGUCGUGUUGGAUAACUUCAGCAACAACAAGAAGCAAGACACGGUGACGCACGUCAGCGAGGACGACGUCGAGGACUUCGCCGAGGCGUGGAAGAAGGUGGACCCGCACGCCACGGGCUUCAUUCAGAUGACGAAGCUCGCGUUUUUACUCAACAUCACGUCGCCGCCGCUGGGGGUGAAAGGGAAGAACCUGUCGAGGUUAGGGCUGCUCCGGUUUCAAAAGAACCUGAACCUGAGAGUCGACAGCAACUAUCUGCACUAUCAAGACGUCCUCCAAGCCCUGACAUCGCACGCGAUGGGG